GGCAGGGCAGCAGCUGUUUGACUUAGAUCUUAGUGAGCCUCCAGUCUCAUCAUGAGGGAAUGCAUUUCCAUCCACAUCGGGCAGGCUGGCGUGCAGAUGGGCAAUGCCUGCUGGGAGCUGUACUGCCUUGAGCAUGGGAUCCAGGCGGAUGGGACCAUUCCUGGCCCCAAGCAGGUGAAACCUGUGGAACCAAAGUCUGAACAAGUGGAUUCGUCUUUCGAGACCUUCUUCUGUGAGACAGCGUCUGGGAAGCACGUGCCCCGGGCAGUGUUCAUAGACUUGGAGCCCACCGUGAUAGAUGAGAUCAGGACUGGGACCUACCACGCGCUCUUCCACCCGGAGCAGCUCAUCAGUGGCAAGGAAGAUGCUGCCAACAACUAUGCCCGUGGCCACUACACCAUUGGCAAGGAGAUUAUAGACACAGUCCUCAGCAGAAUUCGUAAGAUGGCUGACCAGUGCAGUGGCCUCCAAGGGUUCCUGGUGUUCCACAGCUUUGGAGGAGGCACAGGCUCUGGGUUCACCUCCCUCCUCAUGGAGCGGCUCUCUGUGGAGUACAGCAAGAAGUCCAAGCUGGAGUUCUCUGUGUACCCAGCCCCGCAGGUCUCCGCAGCAGUGGUGGAGCCCUACAACUCCAUCCUCACCACUCACACCACCCGGGAGCACUCGGACUGCUCCUUCAUGGUGGACAAUGAAGCCAUCUACAACAUCUGCAACCGCAACCUGGACAUCGAGCGUCCCACCUACACCAACCUCAACAGGCUCAUUGGGCAGAUUGUCUCAUCAGUCACCGCCUCCUUAAGGUUUAAUGGUGCCCUCAACGUUGACCUGAUUGAGUUCCAGACCAACCUGGUGCCCUACCCGCGGAUACACUUCCCCCUCACCACCUAUGCGCCCAUCAUCUCGGCAGAGAAAGCCUACCACGAGCAGCUCUCGGUGCCAGAGAUCACCAACGCUUGCUUUGAGUUCUCCAACCAGAUGGUGAAGUGUGACCCGCGCCGGGGCAAGUACAUGGCGUGCUGCCUGCUGUACCGGGGCGACGUGGUGCCCAAGGACGUCAACGCGGCCAUUGCGGCCAUCAAAACGCGCCGCUCCAUCCAGUUUGUGGACUCGACCACGGCCAUCGCCGAGGCCUGGGCCCGCCUGGACCACAAGUUUGACCUGAUGUAUGCCAAGAGAGCCUUUGUGCACUGGUACGUGGGGGAGGGCAUGGAGGAGGGAGAGUUCUCGGAGGCCAGGGAGGACCUGGCUGCCCUCGAGAAGGAUUACGAGGAGGUUGGAAGGGACUCGGCAGAUGGAGAAGAAGAUGAGGCUGACGAGGAUGAGUAUUAACAAACUGCAGCCUGGUCUUUAAUGAAGUCAAACCUCAGAUGAAACACAAACCCUCUGUCAGAAGCCUUAAACUGGUCCUGAGUGCCUGGAGGUGCCAAAGGAUUGUCCUGAGCCUCAGUGCUACUGUUUGAGGUGUUAAACCCUUCCUGCUUGCAUAGUCUACAUGCUCAUAGUGCACGUCUGUAGCAUGGGUGUCUCGAGCUUUAUCACACUGCUGUUGAUUGAUGAGUGAAGCUGAACAAGUGCCUGACUUCGUGUUGGGGACACAUAGGCAGAGGAUCCUGGUUCCUAGGCCAGGGGGAUGUUGCAAGCUGCCUGCUUUGGCUUAAAAUGGCAAACUCUUGCUCUGGCUUUUAAUGUAAAAGCACCUUCUAAUUAGAAAAGCACCUGUAAACCUCUAUGCAACUGCCUUUAUUCAAAUAAAAAAGACUUU